AUGUCUUUCUGUCUUUCACUCUUUCUUUCUUUUUUUAUAUGCUUGUCUUUCUUUCUUUCGUCAUUUCUUCCUUUGUUUCUUUCUAUUUUUGUGGAUGUCUUUCUUUCAUUAUUUCUUUCUUUCUUUCUUUCUUUCUUUUGUUGUCUGUAUCUUCUUUCUUUCGCUCUUUUUUCACUCUUUUUUUCUGUAUCUCUUUCUUUCUUUUCUUUCUUUGUUUUUCCGCUCUUUCUUUCUUCCUUUUUUCCUCUCUUUUUAUUCCUUGUGUCUUUUUUCUUUCUUUUCUCUAUGUCUUUCUUUCUUUCACACUUUCUUUUUUUUUCUGUAUGCUUUUCUUUCUUUCUUUCGCACUUACUUUCUCGCUUUCUUUAUUCCAUUCCGGGAUUCCUGACUCUGGUCUCCUUAUUAUUUCUUUUUUUUUCUUUCUUUUUUUUUUCCUUUCUUUCUUUUCUUUUUCCUUCUUUCUUUCUUUUUUCUUUCUUUCUUUUUUUUUUCUUUCUUUCUUUUUUUUUUUUUCUUUCUUUCUUUCUUUCUUUUUCCUUCUUUCUUUCUUUCUUUCUUUUUCCUUCUUUCUUUCUUUUUUUCCAUUCCUUUCUUUCUUUCUUUUUUCCUUUUCAUUUCUUUUUUCUUUUUUCUUUGAGUCCUUUUUUCUUUUUCUUUUAUUUCUUUUUUCUUUUCUUUCUUUUUUCUUUCUUUCUUUCUUUCUUUCUUUCGUUCUGGCUUAUUAACUCCUUUUCUGUUUCUUUCUUUUAUUAUCCUUUGUUUGUUUGUUUCUUUCUUUCUUUCUUUAAUUUCUUAUUUUUUCUUUCUUUCUUCCUUUCUUAUUUCUUUCUUCCUGCCUUUCUUUCUUUCUUUCUUUCGUUCGUUCCCCCUUUAAGAUUUUAUUACAUUCUUUCUUUCGCUCUUUCUUUCUUUCGUUUUCUUUCUUUCUUUCUUUCUUUCUUUCUUUCUUUCUUUCUUUCUUUCUUUCCCGCAUUUCCUCUUUCUUUCUUUCUUUCUUUCUUUUUCUUUUCUUUCCUUUUUCUUUUUAUUUCUCGUAUUUCUUUCUUUCUUUCUUUCUUUCUUUCUCUCUUUCUUUCUUUCUUUUCUGUCUCACUCAUUUCUUUUUUUCUUCUCGUAAGCCGCAUUUCCUCUUUCUUUUUUCUUUCUUUUCUUUCUUUUCUUUUCUUUCUUUCUUUUUUUUUUUUUCUUUUUCUUUUCUUUCUUUCUUUCUUUCUUUUCUGUCUCACUCAUUUCUUUUUUUCUUCUCGUAAGCCGCAUUUCCUCUUUCUUUCUUUCUUUCUUUCUUUCUUUCUUUUCUGUCUUACUCAUUUCUUUUUUUCUUCUCGUAAGCCGCAUUUCCUCUUUCUUUCUUUCUUUCUUUUUUCUGUCUCCUCAUUUUUUUUUUUCUUUUCCUUUUUCUUUUCUUUCUUUCUUUCUUUCUUUCUUUCUUUCUUUUCUGUCUCUUUUCUUUUUUUUUUCUCGUUUCAUUUCUUUUUUUUCUUUCUUUCUUUCUUUCUUUCUUUCUCUCUUUCUUUCUUUCUUUUCUGUCUCACUCAUUUCUUUUUUUCUUCUCGUAAGCCGCAUUUCCUCUUUCUUUCUUUCUUUCUUUCUUUCUUUCUUUCUUUCUUUCUUUCUUUCUUUCUUUCUUUCCCGGACACGCUCAUUAUCACUCAUUCAUUUAUUACAUACUUUGUAUCACAUUUCUUAUUUCAAUUUCUAUCUUUCUUUCUUUCUUUCUUUCUUUCUUUCAUUCCUUCAAUCAUACUUUCUUUCUGUUAUGCAUCAGGCAUUUCCUGUUUCUCUUUUCUUUCUAUCUUUCUUUCUUUCUCUUUAUUCUUUAUUUCACUUUUCUUCUUUCUUUCUUUUUAUGCUUUAUUUCGCUUUUCUUCUUUCUUUCUUUCUUUUUAUGCUAUAUUUCUCUUUUCUUCUUUCUUUCUUUCUUUCAUUUUAUGCUAUAUUUCAUUUUUCUUCUUUCUUUCUUUCUUUUUAUGCUAUAUUUCAUUUUUCUUCUUUCUUUCUUUCUUUCUUUCUUUUUAUGCUAUAUUUCAUUUUUCUUCUUUCUUUCUUUCUUUCUUUCUUUUUAUGCUAUAUUUCAUUUUUCUUCUUUCUUUCUUUAUUUUUAUGCUUUAUUUCACUUUUCUUCUUUCUGCUUUUCUUCUUUCUUUCUUUACUUCAGUUAUAACGCAUUUCCUGUUUCUCUUUCUCUUUUCUUUCUUUUUUCUAUCUUUCUUUAUUCUGCUUUCUUUCACUUUUCUUCUUUCUUUCUUUCUUAUUUUUUCUCCACCUUUACUUUCUCUUUGUUUCUUCUGUUCCCUUUCCUAUCGCCCUACACUCCACCCCAAUCACUUCGCAAGUCACCACACACCACCGUCACCAUUAAACAAAGACAACACCUACCUAUUCUUCCGUAACCGCGUCCUCGCGCUCGGAUCCCCGAGAAAAAGGACCGUUGUGCACAAGGACGGCAUUUUAUCGAGUGUAAUUGCUUGGUCAUGUGACGUUCACGCUCGCGAGAUUCUCGUUCGACGUAAUUCGAUAUGGAAGCGAAAGGCGAGUGAUUUAAUAUGGCGGAAGAAGAAACUGAAAGAAUGUGUUUGA